AUGCAAUCAACCACCAGCAUGGAGGAACACGAGGAGUCUGAGUAUCUCGAGGACUCUGAGGACUCCGAGGACUCUAGCGACAUCUCGGAUGGCCAGCCCGAAUGUAAUUACAUUUACCACGAUGACCUACCAAUCUUGCCAACCUGUUACGUGUAUGUCGCUAUACUACCAGGGGACGGCGUAUUGAAACACUGGAUGCUUUACAUCGACGCUCCAACCUACACCGAAAAGCCCAUUAUCCACCUCGUCGGAUCCCCAGAUUCUUACCGAGUUGAAACACGAUUUUUGACGGAUGAAGAUGAAGAUAGUUUCAUUGACCGUGUUAAUUUGUGUGAUAUUCCAAAUCGACAGGGGGUGUACGAUGCUAUUAUCAAUGCUGGAGAACGUGCACGCGUCAAUAACCAAGAUCCGAGCUAUAACUCUCAGGUCUAUAUCAUUAGGCUUUUGCGUGCAUUGGAAAGGCGACGCAUUGUCAGCAACAAAGAUCCAAAGUAUAAAGAGGCAAAGAAAAAAUUGAAGGGAAAACAACAGAGGCCGAACGUUAUGCAGUGA